AAAUAGAGCGUAUAGAAGACGAGGAGUUUAGCACGCGGAAAGAAAGGCGCCAUAAAACAGAAACGCCGACAGUUUCUAUACGAAAAUCAUCGUGUUAGAACCGCAACUUUUCGCUCGGAAAAUGAAUUGUUCGCGUCGUCAAGUCAGUAGUUAGCAAAACCUCGAACUUGUAACACAUAAUAUAAUCCAAUUAUCUCAUCCGCGUUGAACACGUAUUUAUAUAGAAAAUUUAAUCAACAAUAAGUUGUAAAGAAAAAUAUAAAAAUUAUUUAAUUGUUCUAAAAUAACAGUUAAAGGAUGUCAAAAUCAAGCCACAUCGUCAGUAAUUCAGAAUCAACCACGAAAAUCCCAACGUUAAGACGUUCGGGUAGUUUGCGAUCGUCAACGAAUUUAAAUUUUCGUCGUUCAAUAGAUAGUGGUAGUUUCGCGGCGUCGCCGUCGCAUAAAUCGGGGGUCGCCACCGCGGCUCUGCAAAGACCACCCCCGCCGCCUCGCCUCCAAAGGGGCUACUCGUUCGUUGAAAAAGGAACCGUCCCCGUCGUCGGUGGGGAUGGACUGCAACGGAGGCGAUUUUCGAUCAGCACCGGCGGAAGGAGACGGAAAAACGUGACCACGGAGGGGUCGACGAUUCAAGAGCCCCAAAACGGGGGGGCCAACAACACUCCGUCAAGAAGCAGAAGCCUGUCGCUCUCUUUAUCAACAACUCACCUGGGAGUACCAAAACCGUCGACGUCGCGAACAUCAUCACCAAAAACGCCCCCGGUUUCACCGGAAGUCCGAAAAAAAUAUAAAGAUUGGGAUACAGAGAGUUUAACGAGUAUUAAUAGCGGCCUCAGUGUGGCUUCGUCAUGCGAUCACGCAAGUGUGGCUCUAAACGGAACCACAUUUUCUGGAAGAAGCAUGAAAUAUGUGGUUCAUUGCAAUCAACACGCUGGCGUUACCGGCGAAGAUUACUUAACACCAACGCAAAGAGCGCAUAGGCAAGUUAAAAAAUUAAAAUAUUUAUUACAACAGGCGCAAAAAGAUCUAGAACAACGAGAUAACGACAUAGUAAAAUUAACCAAAGAAGUCGUCGAAUUAAGACUUUAUAAAGCAGCUUUGAGCUCGCCCGAAGAUAAAUCGAAUUCAAGCGAUGCCGUUACUGUUAGAGAAAAUCCUACGGAUGAGCAAGCGACCCCUGAUGAUCUCAUCGAUACGAUAAGUAACCAUUUAGUUAAUGAUAUGAGUUGUUCUUACGCCGAUUCGGGUCAUUACGAUGAUUUUACAAACUCAUCGAUUCAUUCCAAAGAUUCCUCGGUUGUUUUAAGCGAAGAUUUUAAUCCUUCGCCGUAUAAACAGCGUAAACAUGUUUUAAUGAGCGAUAAAAGUACGAGUGUUGAUACAAGCAGCAAAGAUUUUCAACAAGAACACCAAGAAUUAAUUAUGGAGUAUGAGAAGCGCUUACAUGAAUUAAUUAGGACUCACGAAGAGGAGACUCACGUGAUUAAACAGAAACAUAACGAUAAAGUCGAGGAGUUAUUACAAAGAAUAACCGAGAUUAAUAGUAGAUAUUGGCAGUUGGUGCCGGAAUUGGAUUGCGCGCGGGAAAAAAUUAAGGAAUUGGAGAAAGAAUUGGAUGAAGCGUGCAAAAAUUUGGAGGAUACAGAGGAAAAAAAUAAAAAAAUGUAUUUGCAAAUGUAUAAGAAAGGGGAGGAGGCUGCUAAAAUAGAACAAGAAAAUAAAGUUAUGGAAAUCGCAGUUCAACAUCCGAGUAGAAUAUCAGUUCCUGAAUUACUUCAUCAGUUACAAAUAACCCAAACUGAAUUAGAUAACAUAAAGGUAAGUAAUCAUUUAGGGCACGGAACUUUUGUAACAAAACGAUUUCCCCCCUCCACUCGU